AUGGCCUCCUCUAGGAAUGGUACUAGCAGCGCGGUCGCCGGCAGCAUUCUCCUUGUCGUCCAUGACUUCACCGCGAGGAGUCCGGACGAGCUCAGUCUGGCCAAGGGCGAUCGCAUCGAGCUCAUAGAGAGAACACCGAGCCUGACCCUCUUCAGAGACGACGAUUUUGGCGACGGAUGGUUCCUGGGCAAGCACCUGACCAACGGCAACAGCGGCCUGUUCCCGGAAGUCUACACAACACCCUCGCCCAAAGCCACGUUGCCUUCCGCCAACAAGUUCCGCUCUAGCGACAGCAGCGCGACCAAAGCAGCGCAAAAUGCGGCGGUCACGGCGCUGUCUGCCUCAUCUAGACAGGCUGGCGAUGCUGCCACUUCCGCCAAACAACCAUCUUCGGAACCGCAACCGAUACCCACAAGCACCAUGACCUCGCAGCCUUCGCUAUCUUCCACGGCCUUGCGCUCGUCACUGCCCAAUACUAACGGUACUAGCAGCGCGAUCGCAGGCGGCAGAAGCUAUACCAUCACAUCCGACUCGCCGGUCAUGAGCGAGACUCUGUCCGUGAUCGACGAACAUAUCACCGACAUGAAAUCGCCGCGCUCUUCAUAUGCCAAUGGUAACAAGCGUGAUAUUCUGGGCAGCGCCUACCCCACCCAGCCACCGAUCGUACGACGUUCUUAUAUCGCUGGCCACGAGACGGAUGAUGAGGAGGGUCAGUCGUAUACCGGAGAGGAGGUCAUGGCGUGGGAUGCGAAUCGAGUCGCGGAAUAUCUCGAGGAUAAUGGCGUGGAAAAGACGCACUGUGACGUAUUCGUCGAGCAAGAGAUCAGUGGCGAGGUUCUGCUGGCGAUGGAUCAAAACAGUCUGUUUCUCAAAGAGUUUGAUCUUGGCUCGGUCGGCCGCAGAUUGAAAACGUGGCACAAGAUCAAGGCGCUGCAGGAUGAGUGCAGGCGCAGCGCAAGUCCAGAAAUUGCCAGAAGUGCAUCCAACUAUUCACUUGAUGGAGACGAGGGUGCAGUCGAGACGAGCGUGUCGAGUAGGAAUCGCAGCUCGACCAUUGGCGCACCUUCUUUGCCCAGGGCGCUCACCACGAAGCGACAGAGCGGUGACGUUGCACCUCAAAGAAGCAACACGUACCAGCCACAAGCGCCAGGCAUAUCUCACUCUGCACACCCAAGCAUGAGCAAGCGAGAGAGUGUUGGCGCCUCGCCACUGCAAAGUAUGAUAACCAGGUCGGACAACCCAUACAGACCCUCGGCGCAGGGCAUUCGUAACAUGAACCACUCGCGACGACAUUCAAGUAUCGACUCGAACUCUACGGAUGGCGCGACUCGGAUGGGUCACCGAAAGCAGCCGUCUCUAGAUCAGAAGUGGCAGCCGGGACAGCCUGUGAAUGGUAGCAGUCACUAUUCCUACACCGCAGGCUACGAUACACUGUUGCCACAUCGCCAAUCGAGUGCCGUCAUUCCAGCUUCUCCAGCUGACCUCGAUCGCGGAUACUUCUCCUCCAACGAAGCCGAGACCAGAACGCGUAGGACCGCCCUGACCAAGAGGAACUCGACAGCAGUCAGCCCGGUACAUUAUUCACGAGCCAGCAGUAUCUUAGGUGGCAGUGGCCAGACACCACGCAUUACAGACGCCGAAGGGUUUGACCCUGUCAGCCCGAUCGUCCAAUCAACACAUCAAUCCAAAGCUAUGAGUGCAGUGCACAAGGCUUUUGGAAGCCAUUGUUCUGCGACUACGCCGUCUGGCCGCAUCAAGUCUGGAGACAACCACGCCAGCCCGAUUGUCACCAAGCUAGACCCAAGCACGAGCAAACCUUCGUUGAACACAAUCGCCGCAAGCCCGACACAAAUGGAAGACAACGCAAGCGAAAUAUCUAGUGAGAAAGCAGCACCCAGUCCUUCCGGCUUCAACAAGAACAUUUUUGCAUCCGCAAAGGCGAAGUUCACUGGCAAAAGAUCAAUCAGCGAGGCUGUCACGAGAGACGAAAAGGUCUCAACACCGACCAAAGUCUCCUCGCCCGUACGCACCGGAACUGCAUCGUCUACGCCGAGCACCGAGAACCGUAGUAUGGAUAUCGCAAAGUCGGACUCCAAUCCCCGCGAGUCUAUUGGGUCUGGCCAGAACCUCAUGCCUCCGCCACCCGCAAAACGACCGAGAGCCAAGUCUAAGAAGCUCACUUCGGCGUACACGCACGGCCUUGCGAGGAUAUCACCACAGGAGCAGAUGAUAACGUGCGACUACUCUGGGUGGAUGAAGAAGAAGAGCGGCUCGGUCGUUGCUAGCUGGAAGCCGCGUCUGUUCGUUCUCAAAGGCCGCCGACUAUCAUACUACUAUCGAGAUGACGAUACAGAGGAGAAAGGACUUAUCGACAUUUCAUUCCACAGGGUGUUAUCGGCACAGAGCGAGACUCUCGCCGGCGUGAUGGCGUCUGUGACUGGUGCGGGUGGGAACCCAUCGAGCCCGACGAGUGCGUCAAUGCCGACUAUGGCGCAGCAGGACCUACGAGAUCAUCCUCCACCUCAAGGCGAACAGGACGAGGGCGUCUUCAUUUUCAAGCUGGUACCUCCCAAAGCAGGCCUUGCAAAGGGUGUAUCGUUCACGAAACCGACAGUUCACUACUUUGCGGUCAACUCUCGGCAAGAGGGUCGUCUGUGGAUGGCAGCACUUAUGAAGGCAACCAUCGACAGAGACGACAACGGCGUCGUGACGACCACUUACAAUCAGAAGACAAUCAGCUUGAAUAAGGCUCGAGCAAGGCGCGAACGUCCUCCUGCUCUGAAGGAGGAGACCGUCGAGGGACGAGUAGAACUGGCCACAGAUCUUGAAGACGACGACAAAGGUCUGGGUAUUGUAGGAGCACCUGAUGGCGACGGUACAGAGUCGGCAGUAGCAGGUGCAGAACAGCAAACCCGACGGGAAGACGCCAGCUCCAUGGCACCCAGUACGACCGCGACUGGCGAAAGUGACCUGCUUACCGACCAGGAGAGAGAAGCUGUAGCUCUCAAUGGGGCAGGCUAG